AUGUGCAUAUUAGAUCCAAACAGAAGUUGGGAUCUAUUUUGCAAGAAACUCUCUCCCAAAGAGCUUAGAGCACCGAAGUUUGUAGAAAUUGCCCAACAUGUUGUGAAGGAAUGCGAAGGGUUGCCACGGUCAAUUGUUGCAGUUGCAGAGCGUUUGUCUAAAUGCAGUUACAAUUUAAAGGAAUGGAAGAAGAUUGAAAAGGAAGUCGAGACAUUGGGACCUCUAUACAAUGAUGCCGAGCACUUAAGCUUUAAAAUCAAUGUGAAAAGGCUUAUUAGGAUAUGGAUUGCUGAGGGAUUUGUGAGGCAAAUGGAUUAUAAGGGAUUUGGGAGGCAAUUGGUGACGGAUUUAGAAGAGGAAGGUUACUGUUAUUUAGAUCAUCUUGUUCAUAGUGGUCUAGUCUCAAUCAGCAAAUGGGAGCAUAAGAUGACUAAUGUUUGCUGGAUACAUAGCUCCUUAUGGGACUUUUGUACAAGAAAAGCUAAAAAAGAGGGUCUCCUAUGUGCGGUGUAUACUCAAAAAGAUUUAGGAUUGCCAUUAGACGUGUUUGUAAAUUCAUGUCGUUGGUUAAGUUUAUACUCGCAUAAGUUGGAUUAUUACACGCUCUUUACUACAAAUAACCCUCGCUGUCUUUUCUUCUUUCAAGGAGAUUAUGUAAAGUCGGUAUCUUUCAAGCUAUUAAGAAUUGUGGAUUUGAGUGCACUUCAAAUCUUCAAAAUAGUGCCAUUGCAUUUAAGAGAUUUAGUUUUUCUGAGAUACCUAUCUAUAUUGCCGUGGUUUGAGGGUUUAGAUGAUGUAGUGUCAAACCAUAAGAAUUUGCAGACAGUUAUUGUUUGUGGUGGUGAACCACAACUUAGAACUAGCCAUUUCCAUUUGUCAUUCAGAAUUUGGGAGUUACCACAUUUAAGGCAUCUUGAACUUGGCAAUUACUAUGAGGUAGAUCCUCCAAACAGGAAUAUAGAGCAAUUGCAAACAUUAUCGUGGGUUAGUCCAACUCAUUUCAAAGAAGAGGUGUAUAGGAAGUUCCCAAACUUAACAUAUCUGAAGGUUUUCUAUAAAGGUGUCUUUGAGCCAUGUAGCAGCCCUGGAUCUCGCAGAAAUCCCACCAGGCGUCUGUAA